AAUGAGCUGACGCUUGUUGUGAAAUGGGAAUAAGGCCGCGGGUCAGACCGUUUUAAAAGACAGCCUGCUAAUUUUUUUCAUUGUUAGGUUUUGUAUGAUAACGUAGACAUUUUGAACAUGCACUCCCAAAUUUUAUGUGGCGGCACAGCUGCGGCUGUUGCUGCAAGAAGGGUGCGGUAUAUUUUGGGUUGUGUCCUGGGAAGAGACGGCUGGAUGUUCAGAACUCAUGAGGUCAAACUUCUGAACACAGCCUCAGGUGACACAGUGAAGAUUGGUGAGAUCACUUACAAACUCAAGCCACCCCAGAAUCCAGAGCUUGUUCCUGUGAAACACAUUUCAGACUCCCUACCUCAGACGGUGGCUCAACACCUCCGAUGGAUUAUGCAGAAAGACCUUUUGGGUCAGGAUGUGUUCCUCAUUGGCCCCCCAGGACCCCUGAGAAGAUCCAUAGCUAUGCAGUACCUUGAGUUGACUAAACGGGAAGUGGAGUAUGUCGCUUUGUCCAGGGACACCACAGAGACCGACCUCAAACAGAGGAGAGAGAUUCGAUCGGGGACGGCCUUCUACAUAGACCAGUGUGCUGUAAGGGCCGCAAUAAGAGGCCGAGUCCUGGUCCUGGAGGGGCUGGAGAAAGCUGAGAGGAACGUCCUGCCUGUUCUUAACAACCUGCUGGAGAAUCGAGAGAUGCAGCUGGAGGAUGGCCGCUUCCUCAUGUCAGCGGAGCGUUAUGACAAGCUGCUGCAGGAGCACACCAAAGAAGAGCUGGACAGCUGGAAGAUUGUCCGCGUAAGCGAGGACUUUCGGGUCAUCGCGCUUGGUCUUCCUGUACCCAAGUACAAAGGCAAUCCGCUGGAUCCUCCUCUCCGCUCUCGCUUCCAGGCUAGAGACGUCUAUUACCUACCAUUCAAGGACCAGUUGGAGUUGCUGUACUCAGCAGGACCAAAUGUCGCUGCAGAAAGAGUUUCCCAGCUGCUCUCACUAGCUACUACGCUAUGCUCCCAGGAAUCAUCCAGCCUAGGCCUUCCUGACUUUCCUGUGGACAACCUGCUUCCUGUCCUUCAUGUCCUGAACUCUUUCCCAAUGCUAUCCUCCCAGCAACUGCUCCAUAGGCUUUAUCCAUAUAACAGUAUGUUGGGCAAGGACGGUCGCACUGCUGUUGAGGGUGUACUCAGUCGAUUUGAGCUUCUGGAUGGUCAUCGUCAGCCAGCACCCACCACCAUUUUGAGUGUGUCCACGGCAAAAGAUGUAGAAGGUCAUGCAGACAUCACUUUACAUGUAGUGGACAAAGACAUCACCUUUCAGGUUCCAGCAGGCGUUAAGGAGCCACGUCCACCCAAAAGCAGUCCCACCUACAUUCAUACACCAAGCCACUCCCAGUUGUUGGCCGAGAUGAUACAGUCGCACAUGGUUAAGGACAUAUGUCUGAUAGGACCUAAGGGUUGCGGCAAGUCGGUGAUUGCCAGAGAGUUUGCUGAGAUGCUGGGUUACAGCAUGGAGCCUGUCAUGCUCUACCAGGACAUGACAGUCAGGGACCUUCUCCAACAGAGGUACACGCUCCCAAAUGGGGACACAGCAUGGAGGCCAUCUCCACUGGUCACUGCUGCCAUGGAGGGCAAGCUGCUGCUUCUUGACGGCAUACACAGAGUCAACCUGGGAACCUUGGCUGUACUAUCCAGGUUACUCCAUGACAGGGAGAUAGAUCUGUAUGAUGGGACCAGGCUGCUGAGGUGGGACAGAUACCAGACUCUAAAGGAACAACUACAUUUAAGUGACCAGGAACUGCAAGAGAGAUCAGUUUUCCCCAUUCAUCCAUCGUUCAGAGUGCUGGCCCUAGCAGAACCCCCUGUCGUGGGGAGUGCAGGCAGCAACAGCAGAGCUCAGCAGUGGUUGGGCCCCGAGGUGCUCACUAUGUUCCUUUACCACAAUGUCAUGCCGCUGGCCAAAGAAGAGGAGAUGGGCCUCAUACAGGGACUGGCUCCUAAUGUACCGAUGGAAGGAGCAGAGCAGCUACUGCACCUCGCACACAGUCUCCGCAAGACAAAUGACCCCACAGCACAGUCUCUGGCCUCGUCUCUCUCCACUAGACAGCUGCUAAGGAUCUGUCGCCGUCUCUCUCAGCACCCUGAGGAGAGCAUCACUCACGCAGUUAAUAAGGCUUGUCUCUCCAGAUUCCUGCCCAGCCUGGCCCGUUCCUCUCUUCAAAAAAACCUCAUGAACUGCUCCAUACAGGAUGCAACAGACCCCGCUGAUCGCUCUCUUGAUUAUCCCUGUAUGGUAAAGGACGGUGUGUUGACCAUUGGGAGUGUCUCCGCUCCCAUCUACAAUGCUGACCAGAAAAUGAAGGUUCCUGACGUGCUCUUCUAUGAUAAUCCCCAGCACAUGAUGGUGAUGGAGGACAUGCUGAAAGACUUUCUGUUAGGAGAGCACCUCCUCUUAGUGGGAAACCAGGGUGUUGGCAAAAAUAAAAUUGUGGACCGGUUCCUGCACCUUCUCAACAGGCCCAGAGAAUAUCUACAGCUCCACAGGGAUACAACAGUCCAGACUCUGACCUUACAGCCCUCGGUGCGAGAUGGCAUCAUUACAUAUGAGGACUCCCCUCUGGUAAAGGCAGUGAAGUUUGGCCAUGUGUUAGUGAUAGAUGAGGCCGACAAAGCUCCUACAAACGUCACCUGCAUUCUCAAAACCCUGGUGGAGAGCGGAGAGAUGAUCCUGGCUGAUGGACGCAGAAUCAUCUCAGGUCCACGUGAAGCCGAGGGGAGGCCUGACACCAUAAUUAUGCACCCAGACUUCAGGAUGAUCGUCCUCGCUAACAGACCUGGUUUUCCUUUUCUGGGCAAUGACUUCUUUGGAGCUCUAGGCGAUAUUUUUAGCUGCCAUGCUGUGGACAACCCGAAGCCCAAAGCGGAGCUGGCUAUGCUAAAACAGUAUGGCCCCGAUGUUCCCGAUGCUACGUUGCAAAAGCUCGUGGCAGCCUUUGGAGAGCUCAGGUCCUUGGCCGACCAGGGUACCAUCAACUACCCCUAUUCUACUAGAGAGGUGGUCAACAUUGUCAAACACCUCCAGAAAUUUCCCGAUGAGGGUCUGGCCAACGUGGUGAGAAACGUCUUUGACUUUGACUCAUACAACAAAGACAUGCGGGAGGUUCUAAUUGAAGCACUGCACAAGCACGGGAUUCCCAUUGGAGCCAAGCCCAGCUCUGUCAAGCUGGCUAAGGAGUUUCCGCUGCCGGAGGUCAAGAUGACAGGAUAUUGGACCAUAAACCAAGGUGGCAACACUCGACGCAAACUACUGUGUCCCACGGACACACGGCCCAUAGAUGUCAAGGGCCCAGUGUUUCUGCGUGUCCAGAAGUACCCCUGCAACAGGCAGGAAAGCAGGGCUUUGAGUUUCACUGAAGAGAAAGCCCACUGGCAGAUUCCCAUGAAUGAAGUUAACAUCAUCUGUGACGUCACCACCAAAGAUGAUGUGCUGUAUGUGGCCACCUGUAACCCAGUGUCCCUGUACUCCAUGAAGGAGCGUGGGGAAACUAUCAAGUGCAUAGAGCUCUACGAUGUCUUCCCCAGGACCAUCAGUGGUGUCUGGCAGCCCUUUGUUACGGUUGCUCCACUUGGGAGUCCACUGGAUGGACAGGUGGUGCUGCACGAGGAACAGGGUAACACAGUGCUCCAUUUGGACUUGGUGACAGGCGCCUUGCGGAGGCUCAUGAUUUCCCCCGACAGUGAUCAGUCUUCCAGCAGAUCGUCGAACUGGUGGAACAGUAAGGAACAACAGGCAGGGUAUAAAAUGUGUCGUGACUUCUCCCACAAAAACUGGCUUCUGUUCUAUAAGGAGGACAGCAACCAGCUGGAGGUCCUGGAUGUGCUUGAGGGACGAGUUCACUCCAUCUCCCUUCCGAUCAACCUAAAGUCUGUCUUCCUGGUGGCAGAGGACCGCUGGCUGCUGCUGGAGAGCAACUCUAACAAGAAGUUCCUGCUGACCAAGCCCAUGCACAUGGCAGCUGAAGACUCUGGAGUCUGUCAGCUUCACAGCAUCAGUGAGGACUCAGUCAACUCAGGCCAUGGAACAAGCUCAGCCGAGUUGUCUAUACCCCAGAUGCUGUCAUGUGAGCAGCUACCCAACGAGAACCUGAGUGCCGCUCUGAACCAGAAGAUUGUUUCCCCUAACCGUGUGCUGGUUGACACAGAUUCCUAUGCGCGGCUCAUCGUCGGCUUCCCAGAUCUCAUGUCACCUAAUGAAGUGUACAGCUUUAAAAGACCCGUCAACCUAUCAGCGAUAAAGAGUGGUGACAGCGGGGCUCAAGCAUUCUUCAGAGGAGGGCUUCGGAGCGCCACGGCCAAACAGGAGAAUUGUGUCGGUCUGAUCCCGGUCAAUCAGGUGGUUCGAGCUCUUCCACCUAACAAAGUCCCCCUAAAAGAGCUGUACCCCAAAGACGUCACACCUCCAAUGACAGCAGCAUACCUGGAGGUGACUGAUCUCAACUCCAAGAAGCUCAAAUAUAUUCCUGUUCCAAGGUCAAUGACUGUGUCGCCCUACACCAACUGGGUGUCCAAGGUGUCAGAGUGUGAUGUGCUGAUAGCUGCUCUUGGUUCUGGAGGUGUCGUCACGGUGGAUAUGGGCGGGUACAUCCGUCUCUGGGAGACAGGAUUAGACACCUUGCAGCGCUCACUGAUGGAAUGGAGGAAUAUGAUUGGCUCAGAGGACGGCAGACCCAUACAGAUCACCAUCCAGAGGGACAGUGGCCUAGAUGUCAGCGCCCCGAAACAUGGCAAGAUCGACCCCCACAAUGCUCCUCAUGUCGGGGGUAACCAGUGGGCGGGAGGCACAGGUGGCAGAGACACAGCAGGGCUGGGUGGCAAGGGAGGCCCCUAUCGUCUGGAUGCAGGGCAUAAGGUCUAUCAGGUUUCACAGGUGGAGAAGGAUGCGGUUCCUGAAGAGGUCCGUAAGGCAGCCCGAGAAAUGGCUGAAAAGGCCUUCAAAGAAAGGUUGAAGGAGAUUGAUAUGAGUGAAUACGAUGCUGCUACAUACGAGCGCUUCUCCAGUGCCGUGAGGAGACAAGUUCAGUCACUCCGCAUCAUCCUGGACAGUUUACAGGCUAAAGGGAAGGAGCGGCAGUGGUUAAAGAACCAGGCUCUGGGAGAGCUGGAUGACACCAAGAUCAUCGAUGGACUGACUGGAGAGAAGGCUAUAUAUAAACGCAGGGGAGAGCUGGAACCAGAGCUGGGCAGCCCUCAGCAGAAGCCCAAGCGGUUACGGGUGUUGGCCGACGUGUCGGGCAGCAUGUACCGCUUCAACGGUGUGGAUGGCAGGCUGGAGCGCUCCAUGGAAGCUGUUUGUAUGGUCAUGGAAGCUCUUGAGAACUAUGAGCACAAAUUCAAGUAUGACAUAGUGGGCCACUCGGGCGAUGGCUACGACAUUGAACUGGUCACGGCAGACAAAAUCCCCAAGAAUAACAAGCAGAGACUUAAAGUCCUGAAGGUCAUGCAUGCCCACUCUCAGUUCUGCAUGAGUGGUGACUACACUCUGGAGGGGACGGAGGCCAGCAUCAAGGAGCUGGCGAGAGAAGAAGCAGAUGAGCACUUUGUGGUGGUGCUGAGCGACGCUAAUCUGGAGCGCUACGGCAUUCGGCCCGAGCGCUUUGCCCAAGUCUUGACCUCUGACCCACAGGUCAAUGCCUUUGCCAUUUUCAUUGGCUCCCUUGGCGAUCAGGCUGAAAGACUCCAAAAGACCCUUCCAGCAGGGAGGUCCUUUGUCGCCAUGGACACCAAGCAGAUCCCCCAAAUCCUGCAGCAGAUCUUCACCUCCACAAUGUUAUCGAGUGCUUGAUGCAAACACAUAGUACAUACCGUCCACUCACUUGUUAUCUCACACACCCAAAACUUCAAAAAGUUUGUUGUGAAAGCGCUGAAAAUCUUCACACUCUGUGUCAGAUCAAAUGACUUUAUCAUGGCUGCAGCAGGUCCGGAGGGGUCGCAUUAGCACGAGCCGGGGGUUUGACAGUUUGUUAUUGUUAAGAAGCCUGUUAGCAUGACAGAGUAACUAAUGUUUAGAUAUUUUGCUGUGUCCCUCUGGGAACAGCUACAGUACACAAAGUGUGUGAUCUCUUUUAGUGUGACUGUAAUCUGCUGUGUAAUCGGUGACGCGUAUGCCUGGAGCCUGUCUCAGAUCCCAUUUAGGGAUCAAACACACAGCCUAACAGCUGUUCUUUUUAAUUGUGUUUUUGCCCCUACACACACACACACACACACACACACACACACACACACACACACACACACACACACACACCUUUGUCCUCUAUCGGGCUGUGAGAAACUCAAAGGGAAGGGCCAUGGAGUCGUGACAGCAUCCAUUUAUGUCAGAGCUCCUGACUUCUUGUCUGUCACGCAGAAAAAUGCACAUACACACACAAGAAAGCCGACAGUAAAGCCCCACCUGACCGACACUAGGAUGCGCCGAGCAGCAAUAACUUGGCGCCUUUGGUAUGUUGGGACUGCCACCAGGGAAUUUCCCACCUGGCUGCACGCGGACUUUAAAGCCUGCCGCUGUUGUACACCCCCAUGCUGUGUGAGUGUGCGUGUAUGUGUGUGUGUGUAUUUUCCUAGAGCAUCUAUGUCAACAUGUGCAGACCCUUUUCUUCCUGUCUGGUGGAACAUGUGUUGCCUCGUGUGCGCUCAGAGCUGCCUUUCAUUGCAAGAGCUCCCAAACACAAAAUACUUUCACUGCGAGACAGAUGAAGAGAAAAAUACAGGACUAGUGGGUCAGUGUGUAUCAAACAUCAUAUCGGUGUCUUCCCUGGUUGUCAUAGUUUUUGUUCAUGCCUGACUAUGUUGAAUCAAUAGAAGCCUGUCCAGCUGUCAGCCUCUAUUGAUUUCUGUGAGUGAGGCAUAUGCCAUUUUUUUAUUAACCUACUUUAAUUUGCCUCUGGCUCCUGGGCUGCUGAUUAGUUGGAAAUGUAAGAUAUUUGCUGGGUGGAACCUCAUGUUGGGAAGGCAUUAAAAAGUGUAUAUUAAAAUUCAUACAUGUAUCUAGUUUUCACAUUGUUAAUUUCUGGUGAAAUAAACUGUAAAAGUAAUGUAGAGCAUUUUAAUAAAUGUUAACAUUGCUAUUUGAUUCAA